ACAUAUUUAGUGAGGCCGGGUGUGGAUCUCUAUAGAAGUAGGCCCAAAUCACUCCAUCUCCUUCUCUGUUGGAGUUGAGUCUUUUCCUCGCUCGCGAUUUCGUGAGGGGUUUGAAUGGCUGCUUCUAAAGAAGGUGAAGAUGCAUCCAACACUACAUCCUCGCCAAAGAAGAUGUAUAAAGACCCAGAUGAUGGGCGACAGCGUUUUUCGCUUGAAUUGGAAUUUGUUCAGUGUCUUGCUAAUCCCACUUACAUUCACUAUUUGGCUCAAAACCGCUAUUUUGAAGAUGAAGCUUUCAUUGGCUACUUGAAAUAUCUUCAGUACUGGCAACAACCAGAGUAUAUAAAAUAUAUAAUGUAUCCUCAUUGCCUCUUUUUCCUGGAACUUCUCCAAAAUGCAAAUUUCCGCAAUGCAAUGGCACAUCCAGGCAACAAGGAAUUGGCACAUAGGCAGCAAUUCUUUUUCUGGAAGAACCAUAGAAACAAUAGAUUGAAGCACAUUUUACCGAGACCUCUUCCUGAAACUGUUGACACACCAGCAGCUGCUGCUCCACCUCUGCCGCCUGCACCUCCUGUGACAGCUGCAACUAUCCCUAUGACAGCUCCUCCUGCACAAGCCCCUUCUCCUAUGCAGUAUGGUAUUCCCUCAGGAUCUGCUCUCGCAAAAAAUGAUAUGAGGAGUAGUAGCAUCGAUCGAAGAAAGAGAAAGUAUAUACAGUGAAACUAUCUAUAGUAUAAUGAACUCUUUUUUCUCAGCUUUCCUAACAAGAAAUGCAGUAAUUGCUCAGAAGACCCAUCCAAUAUCAACAUUCUGAUGUAAUUUUAGUUUGGUUAUUACAGGAAAGAAUGAUAAAUUAACUUAUCAUCCCAUUUCAUGUAUUUGUGAUGAGAUACAUUUGAUGGGGUAAUCAAUGUUUACUUUGUUUGUGAGAAUGAGGAGAUAUGUAUUCUAUGUUUACAA